UGUGGUAACACUUUAUAACAGGUGACGCAUUUAUCAAAUCCGAAUUCAUUCAUUUUAUGUCAAAAAAUACAGACAAAGAGUGGGCUAAUUAUUUAUAUUAUUCGCAAGUUUAUAAAUUUUUUUGUGCAAGAUGUCGUCCCGGAAAAAGGUUCUUUUGAAGGUAAUAAUCCUGGGAGAUAGCGGUGUAGGGAAAACAUCGCUAAUGAAUCAGUUUGUGAACAAAAAAUUUUCCAACCAGUACAAGGCAACAAUAGGCGCAGAUUUUCUCACGAAGGAGGUAAUCGUAGACGACAGGAUCGUCACCAUGCAAAUCUGGGAUACUGCUGGUCAGGAACGGUUCCAGUCGCUAGGAGUGGCGUUUUACCGUGGGGCGGACUGUUGCGUCUUAGUGUUUGACGUAACUGCCCCCAACACGUUCAAGUCCUUGGAGAGUUGGAGAGAUGAGUUCCUGAUACAAGCGUCGCCGCGGGACCCUGAGAACUUCCCUUUCGUUAUAUUAGGUAACAAAGUGGAUCUGGAGAAUCGUGCAGUGUCCGCUAAACGUGCACAGCAGUGGUGUCAAAGCAAAAAUGAUAUUCCAUACUUCGAAACGAGUGCCAAAGAAGCAGUGAAUGUAGAACUAGCAUUCCAGACCAUAGCCCGCAAUGCGCUGGCGCAAGAAAAGGAGGCAGAGCUGUACAAUGACUUCCCUGAUCAAAUCAAGCUAAAUGCCAAUGAGAAUGGACGCAACCGAGAUGGAGAUAACUGCGCUUGUUAGGCCUCGAGAAACACUCUUCAGCACCAGCAUAUAUUAGUUUCUCAUUUUUAUAAAGUAAUAAUUAAUACAAUAAAGUAUAAUAUUGUAAGUAAUAUUAAUUUUUUUUAUAUCAUUAUUAUGUAAAAAUGUAAAGAAAUAUUAAGACCACAUGGGUGAUUUGUUUGUUAAGCACUUGUAUUUAAAUUAUAAUAUUUAGUGCACUAGAACCAUGAUACAUUUGAAGACAAAUCUAUGUUCAGUUUAUGCAGGCACCUCGUAAUUGUGAAGAAGUACAAUCUGUGAACUCUGAAAUUAUUGUUGACAUAUAAAUAAAAUAAAAGUAAUAAAAGGUAGUUUCAAAAAAGAAAUAAAAUAUCACUUGAUGUCCAUUGUAAAUUGUUAUAAUAAAGCUUUAUGAAUAAAGCUGAAUAAUAAAAAUAAUGUCAUUGUAAUGCUAAAUAACAUGUAAAAAUCAGCUCAACAAUUUACAAUCAUAUUGUUUAAUUGAAAAUUAUAAUUAAAUUCUAGCUGUCUAUUCUAGACAAAUAGCUGUAAAUUAUGAUUAUGAGUUCUUUAUAAAAACAACAAAAUGUAUUUUUUAAAUCAAGCUAUACUAGAAAUCCUUUAACUUAUAAUUAUCACACACAUAAAUUGCAUCAUGAACAACAAAUUAUUAUAGUUCUUGGAUCACAUAAAACAACACAAUAGUUUUGUAAUAAUUUAUUUCCAUAGUAUCUGUAAGGAUUUCUGAAUAAAGAGUUAUUUGUUUCUUAUUAUGUUAACUUGUUGUUGUAACUUGUUUAAAAACACCCAAUCUGAAAUGGAAGUCAUAAAUUGAUAGACUAUUACUUGUUUGCUCUAUAGGUACCUUCAAUGUUCAAAAUUGCAUAUUUCAAAAUUGUAUACCUCCAUUUGCAUAUGUUUAUGUACAUUUAUUCUUAUAUUGUGUUCAAUCAAUUAAAGCAAUUUAGUCAAAACUAUAAAUUGUUUGUUUGGCACUAGCCUGCAUGUAACAUUAACAUAAAUGUAUUACUGUUUCUGUAUAUAUUUGGAUUAUAAAAAGUUAGUUUGUAAGUAGUUAAUGAUUACAGUAACAAGGAAAUUGAGUACUCAGCAUUUUUUAUGUCACUCGAAGACAGAGCCAAGUGAUACAUUUAAAUAGGUCAUGUUGUGAUAUCUGUCUCUACACAUUAUACUUGAUAUUGUAAGGCUAUAUCAAUCACUCAUAACUAAAAGAUGCAUGUUUCGGAAACUGGUGUAAAUUCAUCGUCAUUUAGUAGCUUAAUUGCCUGGAGACAUUUGGUCAGAUGUGGCAGUUCAAUACAGGAACUUAUGUACCUUAUGUAUACAAAUAAAACAAAGAAUGUUUAUUGUGUACAAAAUAAAAUAAUACGCCCGUUGCAUCCGGCAGCUUCUUCAGCUAUUGUGUAGGUUUGUGUGUUGUGUAGUACAGGUAUUGCGUAUUGGCCUAAAUGGUUUUGUACCAGCGAAACUCAGUUUGUUAUCUUGCCCUAUACUGUAUCUCAAAUUAUUAUUUGUACUGUUAUAUUUCGUUAAUAUGUUUAUUUACUGUACGAUUACUACAUUAUUUUACAACGUAGGUAAAUUAUAAGAACUAAUUAAAGGACGGUAACAAAAUGCGAUGUAUGCUGUAAUAAUGGUUGCUUUUAAUUUUUUUAUCUAUAAAUAAAAAAAACACUCAA